CCGGGCGCGCUGGCGGCCCGGUUGUUGAGAGCAUGGCUUCCCCCGGGGCUCGCGCGCCCCAGCCGGAGUUACCCGAGCGGAACUGCGGGUACUGCGAGGUGCAGUACUGGGACCAGCGCUACCAAGACGCUGUCGAUUCUGCCCCCUACGAGUGGUUCGGCGAUUUCGCUUCCUUCCGCUCCAUCCUAGAACCGGAGCUGCGACCCAAGGACCGUAUCCUGGUGCUAGGUUGUGGUAAUAGUGCUCUGAGCUACGAGCUGUUCCUUGGAGGUUUCCCUGAUGUGACCAGUGUGGACUACUCAUCAGUAGUGGUGGCUACCAUGCGGGCUCGCUAUGCCCAUGUGCCCAAGCUGCGCUGGGAAACCAUGGACGUGCGGAUGCUGGAUUUCCCCAGUAGCUCCUUUGAUGUGGUGCUUGAGAAGGGCACUCUGGAUGCCCUGCUGGCUGGAGAACAGGAUCCCUGGACCGUGUCAUCUGAAGGUGUCCACACUGUGGACCAGGUGUUGAGUGAGAUGGUGGAGUACAAACGGGCCACGCUUCAGGAUGAAGACGCACCCGAGACCCCCGUGGAGGGCGGGGCCUCCCCGGACGCCGUGGAGGUGGGGUUCCGGAAGGGGUCAAGACCACUCCUAGGCUCGCACACACAGCUGGAGCUGGUCUUGGCAGGUGUCUCGCUACUGCUGGCUGCGCUGCUUCUGGGCUGCUUGGUGGCCCUGGGGGUCCAGUACCACAGAGACCCAUCUCGCAGCACCUGCCUCACAGAGGCCUGCAUUCGAGUGGCUGGAAAGAUCCUGGAGUCGCUGGACCGAGGGGUGAGCCCCUGUGAGGACUUUUACCAGUUUUCCUGUGGGGGCUGGAUUCGGAGGAACCCCUUGCCGGAUGGGCGUUCUCGCUGGAACACCUUCAACAGCCUCUGGGACCAGAACCAGGCCAUACUGAAACACCUGCUUGAAAACACCACCUUCAACUCCAGCAGCGAAGCUGAGCGGAAGACGCAGCGCUUCUACCUGUCCUGCCUGCAGGUGGAGCACAUCGAGGAGCUGGGAGCCCAGCCGCUGCGAGAGCUAAUUGACAAGAUCGGGGGUUGGAACAUUACGGGGCCCUGGGACCAGGACAACUUCAUGGAAGUGCUGAAGGCAGUCGCAGGGACCUACAGGGCCACCCCGUUCUUCACCAUCUACAUCAGUGCUGACUCUAAGAAUUCCAACAGCAACGUCAUCCAGGUGGACCAGUCUGGGCUGUUUCUGCCCUCUCGAGAUUACUACUUGAACAGAACUGCCAAUGAGAAAGUGCUCACCGCCUACCUGGACUACAUGGAGGAGCUAGGGCUGCUGCUGGGUGGGCGGCCAGCCUCCACACGGGAGCAGAUGCAGCAGGUGCUGGAACUAGAGAUACAACUGGCCAACAUCACGGUGCCCCAGGACCAGCGGCGUGAUGAGGAGAAGAUCUAUCAUAAGAUGAGCAUCUCAGAGCUGCAGACUCUGGCGCCCUCCAUGGACUGGCUUGAGUUCCUGUCUUUCUUGCUGUCACCAUUGGAGUUGGGUGACUUGGAGCCUGUAGUGGUGUAUGGGAUGGAGUAUCUGCAGCAGGUGUCAGAGCUCAUCAACCGCACGGAUGCAAGUGUCUUGAACAAUUACCUAAUCUGGAACCUGGUGCAGAAGACAACCUCAAGCCUGGACCGACGCUUUGAGUCGGCACAGGAGAAGCUGCUGGAGACCCUCUAUGGCACUAAGAAGUCCUGUGUCCCGAGGUGGCAGACCUGCAUCUCCAACACGGAUGACGCCCUUGGCUUCGCUUUGGGCUCCCUCUUUGUGAAGGCCACAUUUGAUCGGCAAAGCAAGGAAAUCGCAGAGGGGAUGAUCAGCGAAAUCCGGACUGCUUUUGAGGAGGCCCUGGGACAGCUGGUUUGGAUGGAUGAGAAGACCCGCCAGGCAGCAAAGGAGAAAGCAGAUGCCAUCUAUGAUAUGAUUGGUUUCCCUGACUUCAUCCUGGAGCCCAAAGAGCUAGAUGAUGUGUAUGAUGGGUAUGAAGUCUCUGAAGAGUCUUUCUUCCAAAACAUGUUGAAUUUGUACAACUUCUCUGCUAAGGUGAUGGCUGACCAGCUCCGCAAGCCUCCCAGCCGAGACCAGUGGAGCAUGACCCCCCAGACGGUGAACGCCUACUACCUUCCGACUAAGAAUGAAAUCGUCUUCCCUGCCGGCAUCCUGCAGGCCCCCUUCUAUGCCCGCCACCACCCCAAGGCCCUGAACUUUGGUGGCAUCGGUGUGGUCAUGGGCCAUGAGUUGACACAUGCCUUUGAUGACCAAGGGCGGGAGUAUGACAAGGAGGGGAACCUGCGGCCCUGGUGGCAGAAUGAGUCCCUGGCGGCCUUCCGGAACCAUACAGCCUGCAUGGAGGAGCAGUACAACCAAUACCAGGUCAACGGGGAGAGGCUCAAUGGCCGCCAGACGCUGGGGGAAAACAUCGCCGACAACGGGGGGCUUAAGGCUGCCUACAAUGCUUACAAAGCGUGGCUGAGGAAGCAUGGGGAGGAGCAGCAGCUGCCAGCCGUGGGGCUCACCAACCACCAGCUCUUCUUUGUGGGAUUUGCCCAGGUGUGGUGCUCGGUCCGCACACCAGAGAGCUCUCACGAGGGACUGGUGACCGACCCCCACAGCCCUGCCCGCUUCCGUGUGCUGGGCACUCUCUCCAACUCCCGAGACUUCCUGCUGCACUUCGGCUGCCCUGUUGGCUCCCCCAUGAACCCAGGGCAGCUGUGUGAGGUGUGGUAGACCUGGGUCUGGGGUGAAAUGGCCAGCUGUCACCAGGACCCUCUCUUGGCAAGGUGGUUUGCUCUCAGGUUGGGAGAAGGCAAAUGCAAGCUGGGCUGGAUCCAGCCCCUCCACACCACAGGUGACAUGAAUACCAGUCCCUCCUCAACCACCGCAUUGUGCCUCUGCUUUGGGGGUGCCCCUGCCUCCAGCAGAGGCCCACCAUUCACUGUGACAUCCUUCUGUGUCACCCUGCCUGGAAGAUGUCUGGGCAGGGGCGCCAGUUCCCACAGGAAGGAGUCUGCCUCUUCUGGCCCCAAGCUCACUCAGCUUGGUGGCCACAGGGCCUGCUGUGCCUGCCCCACUCUGACCACGCAGGCCUGGGUGGUGUACCUCCCAGGCUUCCCCCUGAGGCUCACUCAGUCCUCCCUUGGGAGUAGACUCAGCUCCCCUCAGCCCCACCCUUAGGGGCUGCUCGCCACCCUGUGUUCCUUUGUGCUGCUAUUCCCACUCACUGCUGCCAACCCUCACUCACAGUUCCUAGUGGAAGCCUGAGGCCCUCUGAAAGCCUCCUGCUAUUCCCUGUUUCCCUGGGCUGAGAGGGGAAGUGUAUGUGUAGGGGGUGCUGGUUCCCAUGUCUUAUGGCAGAAGUCUUAGAGGGUGACUGAUUCUCCCUGGACCAAGCAGAAAAGCAGAUAGAACAGGGAGAGGAAAAGAUAGAGUUUAUUUUUACAGGGAAGAGGGUGGGGAGGGUGUGGUCUCGGCUCUAUAGGACCCUGUGCCAAUAAAUAGACACGCAUCUGUCAGCCUGUCUUUUCCUUCA